AUGCGUGUGGAUAGCAUGGCUAAGGAUCCAGAUGAGGUUUUCAAUCUAUCAGAGUAUCCAGAUGAAGAAUAUCCAGAUGAAGAUCGCAAUCUACCAGAGUAUCCAGAUGAAGGUCGCAAUCUACCAGAGUAUCCAGAUGAAGGUCGCAAUCUACCAGAGUAUCCAGAUGAAGGUCGCAAUCUACCAGAGUAUCCAGAUGAAGGUCGCAAUCUACCAGAGUAUCCGGAUAAGGGUUGCAAUCUACCAGAGUAUCCGAAUAAGGGUUGUAAUCUCCCAGAGUAUCCGGAUAAGGGUUGUAAUCUACCAGAGUAUCCAGAUGAUGGUUGUAAUCUAUCAGAGUAUCCAGAUGAAGGUCGCAAUCUAUCAGAGUAUCCGGAUAAGGAAUGCAAUCUACCAGAGUAUCCGGAUAAGGGUUGCAAUCUACUAAAGCAAUACAUCUACCGUCUGCUAUCCUCUGUGUAA